AUGUCGGUUCCAGCACUGGCGCAGCUGAAGAAUGCGGAUGGGUAUGAAGAUGUGGCAGCAAGGGUGAAGCCUUCUGCAGAAGCUGCAUGGGACAUUCCCAGCGGCAGUUUGGUGGAGUUGGUUGAGGAAUGGGUGGAAUGCGAGUUUGGCAAGCUGAAAGGAUUCAUCAAAGGAAAGAACUUGCCAGCGGUGGCCUCCAGCAGCCCAGGUGACUUGCUGGAGGUGCGGGAUAGCUACGCAGGCAACACGGAGACCUGCAUGCGCCGGCAUUGCGAGCAGGAUGCCUCCAAAGGCAACGUGGUCUGCUUCGUCCCCAAUGGCCCAAAGGCCGUGAAGCUUGUGGAAAGGUGGGUGGAGUGCAGGUGGCGCGGUCACAAGAACUUCGUCAAAGCAAGGCAUGUUCAGCCAGCUCCUGCUGGGACCGCGCUCGACAGUGACGAUGCCCUGCCGGCGGCCAAAGGCCGUGGCGGCUCCCCAGGCAAAGCCAGGGGAAGUGCAUCCGCCGCGAUGGAGCCACCUGCCAAGAAAGCAAAGACAGGUGCGGCCAAGCGACCGCCCUGCAAGUAUGGGGCUGGCUGCUAUCAGAAGAACCCUCUUCACCGUGCGAAGUUCUCGCACCCAGGAGACCCUGACUUCAAGAGUGAUGGGCCUCCUGAGAUGCCUCCCGAAGCAGCCAAGUCAUCAGAUGACGUGGAGAUGGCACCUGCCAGUGCAAGCAGUGCUGCAGCAAGCUCAGAUGGUGCUAGCGGAAGCGGCGCAGCCAAACCAGAUGCCCCGCCCGAAGGCAAGCCGGCGGAACCCGAUGCGGACAUGCCAGAUGCAGAGGCAGCCGCACCAGCUUCACCAGCUGGGAAGGAGAAAGCCGAAGCUUCGCCCCCUGCGGUGCCUCCUGCCGCUCCUGCUGAGCCCCCUCCUGCACCCCCUCCGGCCGCGCCUCCGGCUCCGGCGGCAGCGCCUCCGGCGGCUGCGCCUGCGGCCGCGCCUCCUCCAGAAGGAGAAAGUCGUGAGUGCCAAUGCUGCUUUGAUGAUGUCCCGGCAACCGAAGGGAUUGUCUGCCCUAGCAAAGAGCACUUCUUCUGCAAAGCGUGCAUGGCCAAUUUCCUGACGGCCUUCAAGACCGCCGACUAUGCAGAUCAGAAGAAAGCCAAAGGAAGAGCUCUUUGCCCAAUGAAGGACUCCGAGACCCCAUUCGGCGAUUCGGUGCUGGCGGCCGUCGUGCCCCAGGACGUCUUCGACGAGUACCUGCAGAUAAGGAUCAAGGUCGCCGAGCAAAGCAUCCAGGAGCACUUUGAGAAAGAGAACACCGCCAAGAUCGAGGAGCUGAAAGACAAGCUUGCAAAAGCAACCGGCAGCAGUGAGCAACUGGAGUUGGACAAGCACCGCCUCAAGAUUAUUGACGACAUCUUUACCCUGAAGUGCCCGCGCUGCAAAAUGGCUUUCUUGGACUACGACAACUGUAGCGCCAUCACCUGUGCGGCCUGCAAAUGUGGCUUCUGCUCAUACUGCCUGGAGGACUGCGGGAAGGAUGCCCACCAGCACUUCUACAAGAAUGGCAGCAAGUGUCCCAAUGAAGGUGGUCCCCUCUUCAUUGCGUACAACUUGUGGCAAGAGUUCCAAAACAACCGCAAGGAGAGGUUGCUCUGCGAGUUCUUGGCCGGCUUGCCCGAAGACGUCCGCAAGAAGGUCGCUGACUUGGUGUCGCCCGAUGCCAAGGAUUUGGGCAUCAAGAUGCCCGAGGACCUCAGUGCGGCAAGCCUGGUGCCAGAGGCUCAUGGCUUUCAGCGGCUCAAGAUCACCGUGCCGCGGAGGCUCCGCCGGCUCUUGGUGGAUCUUAAAAAAGAGCUUCCUGAAAAGGUGGAGCUGACGGUGCCUGACCCGAAAGAGCAGGUCUCCACCAUGCACGUCUCGGCAGCGAUGAAGGCAAUCACUGCGGGCAAGCCAGCAGCUUUUGCCAAGAAGAACAUCGCUGCGCACCUUCCAGCAAGCCACAAGGUGAAGAUUGAUGACGAGUGGGUGCUCUGUCGAGGUCCGAAGAAGAGUGCUGUCGCACCUGGCUUCAUCAAAGCGAAGCACCUGAAGACCCUUCUGGGAAACAAGGGGAAGCUUGAAGAAGCCAAUGGGCAUGGAAGUGUCCUGGUCAGAGAGAAAGCUGUGCAGGAUGAGGAUGACAAUUCCUUGGGCUACUUGGAUGAUGGAACCGAUGUGGAGGUCAUGGGCCACUGGUACGAGUGCACCUGGGAAGGAGUCGGUCCAAGCAAGCGCGGAUUCGUCCAUGUCUCGGUGAUCCCCGACAAUGACAUCAGCAUGCGAGGUCCCACCGAGGAUUGCACCGAAGCCCUGAAGUUCCUUGAGGGCAAGCUCGGCAUCAAGAUUGAGACCCUCUCUCUAGGCGGUGGGAAGCCAAAAGCAGCUGCAAAAGCGAAGGCGAAAGCCAAAGGAAAAGCCAAAGCCAAAGCCAAAGCAGCUUGA